AUGGCCUGGCCAUCAUCAUAUAAAGAGCCGCAGCAGCCGAAGUGGAAGCACAGUUACGAUUACGUUUUGGAUUAAACAACACAUGAAAAUGCAUUUUGAAAAUACCAAAUUCAUCUUGCUGAUCUGCAGCCUGACAAUUGCGGUCUGUCAAGCCGACUCCAUCGUCAUCUGCGGCGAUGGCUUAGCCGAUAUGCUGAUGCGCAUCUGCGAGAAUGGCUACAACACCAGAUUUAAGCGAACAGGCGCUAUUCUGCCGGAUUAUAAUGCCAUCGAUUCGGAGAAUAACGCUAAUGCUUUAGACAACUUUGGAGCCUACUCGAGCAUCGACUAUCAAAGACAACCACUGCUCUAUGCCAUGCUGGGCGAGAGUGCUCGUCAUCAGCUGCUUUCGACCCGACGACGUCGAUUUAACAUUGUCGAAGAGUGCUGCGAUAAACCCUGCACAACUCAAGAGCUCAAGAUGUACUGCCGUUGAACUGCCU